AUGCCCAACCGUAGAGCAGUCACUGGAGAGCGUGUUUGGUGUUACUGUGGAAUAAAUAAGUAUGGUACUACCCCCCAUGAGUGCCACAUACGCACCCGCUAUCAACAUCUAGCCAAAGCCCAGCGGCUAGACCAACUUUUGCGUGCAGGCAACAUUGAAGACAAUGAGGACAACGCUGAAAAUAGUGAGAAUGGAAUGGAUAUUGACCAUACGAUGCAUAAUGCGCAUCAGUACAAAGACCAUGGAGGGGAUUUAGGGCUCGGAGACAACAGCUUUAAUGAUAUUGAUGCAUACAUGGGUGCACACCUUGACAGCAAGCUGUCUGAGUUGGAGGACUUGCAUGCCAAUUGGCACAAUAUCAACAACCCUGUUUGCAUUCCCUUGCAAACGCCAACUCCCCCGCCCAACAACAAGGAACCCCCUGACAAGGAUGGAUUUGCACACAUCACAGAGGAGGAUUAUUGCAAGUACAAUUGUUGGUUUGACAAAGACACUCUUGAAAUGGACAACAUUAUUGCCAAAACUCUUACCAAGGAAGAAAUGGAUAGCAUCAAGAUGAUGGCUAUACAACUGUUUGGACACAUCUUGCAGCGCAACUACAAACAUAUUUGCUUGCUAUUCUUUCUGGGAUAUCCCCUCAACCAAUUGACUGCUGCAUCAAUGUCUGUCACGCAUUCACUGGACCCUACGCCAACAAGGAUAUAUGCUCUACAUGGGUAUUUCAACAACCUGGAGAUGAUUAAGAGAAUGUAUUAUCAAGCCAACUAUACACAGGAAGAAGGCCGGAUGGAUGAUUACAUUGACUUGCAACGCUAUAAAGAUCUGUGUGAAAGUAACAUUAUUGUCAAAGGUGAGGACUUGGGAGUCCGGUAUUUUCAUGGAUCUUGUGACAUUGCCUAUGCGGUCAUGACAGAUGGCGUCAACCUAUUCAAGCAGGCGCAUUCUGAGAAAAGUACUUGUUGGCCAAUUAUGGCCAUCAAUUUAAAUCUCCCUGCAAGCAAACGUGUUAAGCUUUGCAAUUUGAUUCCCCUGGGCGUUAUCCCUGGACCAAACCAGCUGAAGGAUUUUGACUCGUACCUGGAGCCGUUUGUGGGGGAGGCGAUCAAACAGGCUUGUGGGGUUGAGACUUACAACGUCACUAGGCAGGAACAGUUCAAGUUACGGGCCCAUGCUUUUCUCAUUUUGGGCAACAUGCAGGCAAUCAAGCACGUGACCCAAAUGAAAGGACCAAACGGCAAGGUUCCUUGUUGCGCGUGCGAGGCCAUUGGUGUUUAUCAUACCUGCCGCAAGGGUUAUUACAUCCCUCUUGCUAACCCAGCCAACUACCCCAACGCAAUCCCAGACGGCAGACCUGACCCACAGGAUUUCCCGCCCAAUACAAUUCCUUUGUACAACCCACUCAAUCUCCCUCUCCGCACCAAAGCUAGGAUUGCUGACCAACUUGGAGAAAUGGAUGCUGCCAACACAAAGCGCCAACGUGAUGCCUUGUCUAAGAACUACGGACUCAUCAACCAUUCAAUCCUUGACCGCAUUCCCUCAAUUUGUUGGCCUGACUUGUACCCGCACAAAUACCUUCACUUGUUUCUUCUCAAUCAUGGCCGUGAACUUAUCUCACUUUGGACUGGAUCUUGUCACGGCAUUGAUGAUUCUGGCAACAAGGAUUAUUUGAUAUCUGCUGACGACUGGGCCGCUAUUGGACUUGAGACCAAAGAGGCUUCAAAAACACUACCUGCCGCAUUCAUUUGA